AUGUCUUUGGAAGAUAACGGCGGGCCUGGUGCAGGCGGUAGCGAAAUAACUGGCCAUUCCGGUCUAUUCGACGUUGACGUCGUCGAAUACGUACAAACCCCUGAGGAUAUCUAUCCCUUUAAAUUAAACGAGCUAUUUGAUCAACUAAAAGAGCUGCCAAACGAUGAAAUCAAAAGAAGCGGCUCAAUGUUUUUGCUAAAAAUACUCGAAAACAUACUCUUGAAUCCAAGAAACCACAAUGUGCGCAGGAUCAGAGAAUCCAACCCCGUGUUUGUUAAAAACACAUCAAAACAUGAGCUAUUCCUCAAGUUGUUAAAGUCGUUUGGGUUCACUAGCAUUGACGGAAAUGUUGUACUUCAAAUAGUUGACGUUCCCAGACUGUUAGAAGCUUACAGACAGAUAAUAAAGAUCCUUCUCGACGGAUUUAAUGUAAAAUACAAGUCGCUGGAAGCGCACUUUUUCGACCCGUUCAAAGCAUAUUGUCACAACUCUAAUGUGAAUGCCAAUGUUCACGCUCAGCAAUUUGAAAUGUCCAAAAAGGAUGAAAUAGAUUUAGACUUGAAGGAAAAGUCCAGGCAGAUAUCGGAACCUGAAUCCAGUACACGCAGCCUCGAAGAUUGGAACCCAAAAAUUUAUAUUGAAACGAAAGUCUCUCCCACCAAUAAAUUGCCAUCAGAAGAAUCUCCUAAUGAUGGUCCAUCAGCCUCAAUUAUGAAAAUGUAUAAUGUCGGAAAAAACGAAAACUUUGAAUCAAGAUCAAAGAACCAGCUGAAAAUCCUAGACGCCCAAGCUGAACUUUUGAAAAAGUGUCCAAAUGUUCAAAUAAAAAUACGUUUCCCAGGAUCAACAAUAAUGAUAAUCCAACCACCAAUCAAAACACUGGUGCAUAAUAUAAGGAAACAGAUACAAACCAUAUUAUCGGAAACCAUAUCGUUCGAUCAUUGGUAUCUAACAGAAAUGCCGAUAAAAAGAAAAAUAAAUGAUAACAAAACUCUCAUUCAGGAAGACAUUGUAUACAAGGCUGUUUUGCAUUUUUGUUACUCUAAAAAUAUCGAUGCAAAGUCGCAAAUUAUUAAACAAGAAUACUUGACCAAAUUUCUUGCUAAAGAAUAG